AUGACGGUUGCUAUAAACUGCCUCAGUAAGGAGAUUGUUCGAACUUCAGUUUCGCUACUCUCAGACAGUCUCGCUAACCACACAAUUAAGUAUUCACUCUUACAGUGCAAGAGGAAGCACUCAUUGGUUAUUGGUCUGUUCGCCGACCUUGGCACUUGGAUUGUUAACGUUUCAUCAACGACCGAGGUGAGAUCGAAACUACUCACAAGUUUGCUGAAAACUCUUCGACAGCCCACGACCGGUUUCGCCCUUCUUUUGGUUCACCGGGUAGGUGCAAUCCCCGAGUUUCUGUCAACCAAAUUGCACUGUUUUCGAGAAAUACACUCAUUUGCAAAAAUCGAUUUGGUUUCACGGGAGGACUCAAUUGAAUCUCCCGUUUAUGAUGUCCUCCAGCUGAAUGUGCUGCACACAGGCCGCCUCAUGAUUCAAGUUUGGCAAUUACCGUAUAAACGCUUCCUCAGCAAAAGAUUAGACAUCACCAGUCCGAUGGUGAUUGACAUCAUCAGUGCGUUUUUGGGGAGCGCAAGGGUGCGUAGCGCUGGGUUAGUGGUUGUGCCCACAGGUGUACCCACCGUUGCGCUCCCCAAUAACGCACUGAUGAUGUCACCUCAAUUGGUGAUGAAACGUUUGCAAUCAAAUUUUCCAGCUCAGCGGACAAGCCAACGACCAAGGCCUUCUUCCUUCUACCGGAAUCAGCGUAGAAGCUCUUGUCAGCUGGUGUUCACCACUAACCAAGGAUCUGAUGUGACUUGA